GUAUUUAUGCAGCGGUGGCAGGCGCAAGGCAUUACAGUGAAGUGAAAUCGAACCGUUAAAAUCAUAUUGUUGAUGUAAUACUUCAUGAAAUUAUUGUAAAUUCAUCACCAUGGUUAGAACAGUGUAUUCCCCAGAAUACUGCCUUCAGUAUCUCGAACAGUAUGCAUCAAAAGAAACUUUCGUUAUAGGACUUAUUCUAGGUCAGACGACAGAUUCACGUGAGAAUGUGAUACAUUUGGCUCGUACACCAGAAGAGAAAAGUCCUGACAGUGCCGCGGAAAACGAGUCAUUCUCAGCCUCAGACAAGCCUGAGGUUGCUAGGAGCUUGGCGGGAGUGUCAGAGGCGUGGAUAGCAGACCACGCCAAACAUGUUACUAGAAUGCUGCCCGGAGGGAUGUUUGUUCAAGGUAUAUUCAUCACAAGUGACGAAGAUAUAUUUGAGGACCCGAACUGCUUCAGUAGAGUGAAAACAAUACUGAAUUACACAUACAAGUCGCUCAGCACAAACCCGUAUAUGUACGGCAACUGCCCAGGUGUAACAGAAAGGCUAGUUCUCCACAUGUCAACAAAUACUAAAGUCCUAACAUGCAAGAGUGUGGAGGUUGGUUCAGUAAAAAAUGUACUCACAAGGCCUGUUGAUUGGAAAUUUUUGCCGAAACCACAGCAGUGGCAGAGGCUGGACUGCUAUUUUGAAUUUGAUGAUGUUUAUCCGGUCAUUGUGAAGAAGAGUGGUAUUUCUGUUAAGCAACAAUUUCAACAAAUAUUGGAAUCAGCGCAGAAGACAAUAGAGUCCAGCGUUAUGUUUAUUGACGGAGAGCUAAAGACUGGUUCAGAAGCUUUAGAGAAUCUAAAUAAGAAGAAGAAACUCAAGACUAAUGCUAAAGUCACACAGCAAGAAGCCCUGAAGUCCAUGCAAGUGUCGUUGUUUGUGCCAUUUGAAACCUGUCUCCCAGAAACGGUCGAAUACCUAGAAUGCGACGGCAGCAUACACUUCAGCGGCGUCGUGUCGUCCAGUGUGUUCCUGUACCCAAAGGCGACGGUCAGCGAAGCCAUCACCGCGGUCAAACAGGACAUAGUGCGGUCGCUGGCUUCCCGGUUCACUAUGCACUGUGAUGCCUUGAUUGAUGACAAUCUGUUGCCUGAAGAGAAAGUGUGCUUCAACGAGCCGCCUCGACGCGUGUUAGUUCCCGUGGGCUCCCUGUUCCUAUGCGACUACCUGUUCCCCGGCGAGGCGCCCGCCGAGGCCCUCCUCUCCGUACGCGAGCUGUUGGACCUGCAGAUCACUGAGGCCGACGUCGUGUGCGAUGUAGAGACGCCUGCAGAUACAUCAGAGUUCGACGCCCUCGACCGCGACGCGAGCAGCGAGGAACUCCUCGCGACUCCACAAGAAGCCAGCCAGUUCAUGUACAUAACCGGCAUCUGCUUCGCCCUGUUCGUCCUCAUAGUCUCCAUACUGGUGCACUAUUACGACACGAUAGUCCUGGGCCUGAGCAAGAUUUUAUCCAAGUUUAAGUAAAGGUUAUCGAGUCAAAGCGGAGUCUAAAGCCACAUUUACACUGUUCAAGAACUUGCACGCAAUAUUUGACACAUAGAUACGGAUGUAGUGCAGUUUUUCCUUCGUAUUUUCACGAAAAUGUACGAACGUGUUGCUAUUUCAGUCAGUCUAAGUACAAAAAGUACUGAGGUUGACUGAAGUAGCAUGACAAAUACGAACGUUUCCGAGAAAAUGCGAAGGAAAACAAUUAUGCACUACAUCUGUAACUACAGAGUACCUACAAUGAAUUCAGUCAAUCGACCAAAUACCGCAAUGUAACGAAAAUCACAUGCAAAUUCUUGAACCGUCUCAAAUACAAACUUAUAAAUUGGGCUCUGGCUGGCUGGAAAAAGCCAAGUUACUGCUCGUUACGCUGGAAGAAACGUUUUUUAUAGCCAUGGAACACUUAUAAUCAUCAGAGCAAAUUAGUAUUCUCGCCUCAGACGGCGAAUUUUUCCAUUUUGCCUUUAUGUCAAGAACAUUAAUCCUAUUCGUGCAUUUAUUGUUCAAGUUAAUAAUUUACAUAAUGGAUAUUGAUUGGAGAGGAAUUGAAGGGAUGUUUACAAAA